AUGGACAGGGGUAAGGGAACAACCAUUGAGUCAUCUGCUGGUACACGAGAGUUCAUUAAAUGGACUGAGGACAUGGAUGCUAGGCUUUUGCAUUCUAUGAUCAAGGAGACUCGUUUGGGUAAUAGGAUUGAUGGCAUCUGGACCACCCAAGCGUAUAAUAACAUGGUUCAAUACCUUCAUAGUUGUGGUUAUGUUAAUGUUAGUAAAAAUAAUGUCAAAAAUCGUCAAAAGGUAUUGAAAGACAGAUGGUGUGAGGUUCAUGACAUCUUUGGUGGAUUGAGCGGAUUUGGUUGGAAUGCCGUAACUAUGAGAUUUGAAGCUGAGGACGAAGUGUGGGCUGACCUCAUUCAGUCGAGGCCAAGUGCAACAAAGUGGAGAGUGAAUAGCAUCAGACACUACGAUUUAAUGGUGGAGUUAUGGGCUACGGAUCGAGCAACUGGGAGUGGUGUAAGGACCGCUCGAUAA